CUCUCCUCGCGCGCCCGCGCCGCGCUGCGGAUUUCUCCGGCCCGCCGCUUCGCUUCCACCGGCCCGGACCCGAGCGGGUUGGCGCAGGGGCCCGGGAGAUCUGGGGGUCCCGAUGCCUCCGGGCCCCCUCUCCUGAGACCAGCCACCAGCGCCCGCACUCGGGGCAGGCGACAGGGACGAUCGUGGGCCGGAGAGCGCCCAGAAGGCCCGGGCCCACCAUGGCCCCGGCCCUGCCCUGGCUCCUGCUGUGGGUGGGCUGGGGCGUGCUGCCUGCGCACGGCACCCAGCGGGGCAUCCGGCUGCCCCUGCGCAGCGGCCUGGCCGGGGCUCCGCUCGGGCUGCGGCUGCCCCGGGACACCGACGAGGAGCCCGAGGAGCCCGGGCCGAGGGGCAGCUUUGUGGAGAUGGUGGACAACCUGAGGGGCAAGUCUGGCCAAGGCUACUACGUGGAGAUGACCGUGGGCAGCCCCCCGCAGACGCUCAACAUCCUGGUGGACACAGGCAGCAGUAACUUUGCAGUGGGCGCAGCCCCUCACCCUUUCCUGCAUCGCUACUACCAGAGACAGUUGUCCAGCACAUACAGGGAUCUCCGGAAGGGUGUCUAUGUGCCCUACACCCAGGGAAAGUGGGAGGGAGAGCUGGGCACCGACCUGGUAAGCAUCCCUCAUGGUCCCAACGUCACUGUGCGUGCCAACAUCGCUGCCAUCACUGAAUCGGAUAAGUUCUUCAUCAAUGGCUCCAACUGGGAAGGCAUCCUGGGACUGGCCUAUGCUGAGAUUGCCAGGCCUGAUGACUCCCUGGAGCCCUUUUUUGACUCCUUGGUAAAGCAGACCCACGUUCCCAACCUCUUCUCCCUGCAGCUCUGUGGCGCAGGCUUCCCACUCAACCAGUCUGAGGUGCUGGCUUCAGUCGGAGGGAGCAUGAUCAUCGGGGGCAUUGACCAUUCGCUGUACACGGGGAGUCUCUGGUACACACCCAUCCGGCGGGAAUGGUAUUAUGAGGUGAUCAUUGUACGGGUAGAAAUCAAUGGACAAGACCUGAAAAUGGACUGCAAGGAGUACAACUAUGACAAGAGCAUUGUGGACAGUGGUACCACCAACCUUCGUUUGCCCAAGAAAGUGUUUGAAGCUGCAGUCAAGUCCAUCAAGGCAGCCUCGUCGACAGAGAAGUUCCCAGAUGGGUUUUGGCUAGGGGAGCAGCUGGUAUGCUGGCAAGCAGGCACCACGCCUUGGAACAUCUUCCCGGUCAUCUCACUCUACCUCAUGGGUGAGGUCACUAAUCAGUCCUUCCGCAUCACCAUCCUUCCACAGCAAUACCUGCGGCCAGUGGAAGAUGUGGCCACGUCCCAAGACGACUGUUACAAGUUUGCCAUCUCACAGUCAUCUACAGGCACUGUCAUGGGGGCCGUCAUCAUGGAGGGCUUCUAUGUUGUCUUUGACCGGGCCCGAAAACGAAUUGGCUUUGCAGUCAGUGCUUGCCAUGUGCACGAUGAGUUCAGGACAGCGGCGGUUGAAGGCCCUUUUGUCACCCCUGACAUGGAAGACUGUGGCUACAACAUUCCACAGACAGAUGAGUCAACCCUCAUGACCAUAGCCUAUGUCAUGGCUGCCAUCUGUGCCCUCUUCAUGCUGCCACUCUGCCUCAUGGUGUGCCAGUGGCGUUGCCUCCGCUGCUUGCGCCAUCAGCACGAUGACUUUGCUGAUGACAUCUCCCUGCUGAAGUGAGGAGGCCCGAAGGUGGAAGACAGAAAUCGCCCAGGACCACAUCUGGGUGGUUCCCCUUGGUCACAAGUCGGGGAGACACAGGUGGCCCUAAGGACCCUCAACCACCCACCAAAUGCCUCUGCCUUGAGGGAAGAAAAGGGCCACAGGGGGAUUCCAGGGCUUGCACCUGUAGGAAACGGAAGGGAAGCAGCAGCACACUGCUAGCGGGAAUGCUUUCGGUCACCUCAAACUCCACUUGGGAAAUUCUGCUGCUUAAACUUUUAGUGCUGAACUUUUGCCCACCAUCCCUUUAGGUUUUCCAACCCAAAGUGUUCUUUCCUUAUGUCUGGAAGUACUUGCAUCGUGCCCAGGCCAUCCUAGUGUCUCUGUGGUACCUGGCAGAGAGAGGGCCAACUUCAUUUUUCUGCUGACCUAAGUGAAAACAUGCAGUUUGAUAUUUUAGAGAUAGGGCCUGUAGAAACAAGCCUAUACUGGUGCAAAGACUGUUCCUGAAUUAAA